AUGAAUAUUGGACAAAAAUUCGACAGCUUAUGGGCUCAAGAGCAUAGCAGAGAUAAUUACAACAGAAUAAAAAUCAAACUACAACCAUGGAAAGAAGAUAAUCCAGUGGUUAAAAACAGCCGAAUAUGGUUAAACUCGGCACUAAGCGGCAGAACAAAAAGAAUAAAGACACUAGUAAUAGUUAGCGAUACAAAAAUGGGCAAAACAGAAUUCGUUAACGAUUUAUUAAAAGACUUAAAAGUUGACGAGUUUAGAGGCAGAUUCAUGAUGGAUGGACACAAUGAAAGCCUAAAAUAUGAUAUAAGAUUAUUUGAUGACGCAAAUCUCAAUGAUAUUAUUUGGCCCGAAUUUAAAUCUUUAAUAAGUACUCGCGGAGAACAAAUAACAAUUAACGUAAAAUACUCACAUGCCAGAGUCACCUCCAUUCCAACAAUAUUAGUACUCAAUCCAGGAAGUUGGAAAGCACCCCAACAAACAGCAAAAGAAUACGAAGACUUUGAUUGGCUAGAAAAGAACUCAGUAGUACUCUUCACUAAAGAGAAAUUAUUCAAAGAGCCUCCACCUAAACCACAAGUAGAACAAAAUAAGAACAAAUAUGAUGGUUUAGAUCCAAAAUUGGUAGAAAUGUUACUAGAAAAUGAAGUAGAAGAAGACAUCGAAUUAGAUGAUAUGGGAGAUGACACAGUAGAUGAUUUAGAUGAUGCAGUAUACCAAUUAGAACAAGAGAGUCUACCACCUCCUAUAGUAUUAGAUCAACCAAUUAUAGAAGAAACACCAUCAAAAAGAGUAGUUACAGAUGAUCACGAAAUGCAGAAGAGAUUCUUUGACUUAACGAAGAAUGUAAUAACAGAAGAAGGAAAUAAUAAAUAUAUCACUGUACAAAGUGGAAAGAAAAUAAGAAUAGCAGAUGAAGAUAGCAGUGAAGUAGAAGAGAGUGAAGACGAUCCAGAUGCUUUAGUAAACAAUUGGAAUACAGGUAAUUUUUAA